AUGGAGGACCCCGUGCAGGGCCUGCAGAGGGCCGCCGUCUGCUCCAUCUGCCUGGAGUUCUUCCAGGAGCCCGUGUCCAUCGAGUGCGGCCACAACUUCUGCCGGGGCUGCAUCUCGCGCUGCUGCGAGGAGUCGCGGCGGCGCUUCUGCUGCCCGCACUGCCGCCGCAGGGCCUGCAAGCGCGACUUCCGGCCCAACAGGGAGCUGGCGAGCAUGGUGGAGCUGGCCAAGCGCUUCAGGGCGCCGCGGGGGGACGAGGCGGCGGCGGCGGCGGGAGGAGGGCGAGGCCAGUGCGAGCGGCACCAGGAGCCCCUGAAGCUCUUCUGCGAGGACGACCGCAGCCUCAUCUGCGUGGUCUGCGACCGCUCCAAGGAGCACCGCAGCCACACGGUGACCCCUCUGGAGGAGGCGGCCCUGGACUACAAGGAACAAAUCCAAAGUCAAUCGGAGAUUCUUAAGCAAAAGAAAGAAAGGCUUCAAGACCAUAAACAAGCCAGUGAGCGGACAGUUGAAGAGUAUCUGGAGAAUUUAGAUGUUGAACGGAAGAAAAUGACCUCUGCAUUUGAACUGCUGCAUCAGUUCCUUGAGGAAAUGGAGCAGCUCCUUCUGGACCAGUUGGAUGAGAUGGAGAUGGAGGUUCGGAAAGGGCAGAAGGAAAGUGACAUCAGAUUCUCGGAGGAGAUUUCCCUUCUUGGGGACCUGAUCAGUGAGAUGGAGGAGAAGUGUAAGCAGUCAGCAAGUGAAUUCUUGCAGAAUGUCAAGGACACACUCAGCAGAUCUCAGAAGGAAGAGCUUCAUUUGCCUGUGGAGAUUUCUCAAGACCUAAAAGAAAAACUCAGUACAUUUGAUAAGAAAAACAUUGCCUUAGAAAAAAUCCUGAAGAAAUUCAAAGACUCUUUGACGUUCGAACUGCAAGAAAAAGGAGAGGAUGCGUCUGUGACGACAGGUGUGCAGACAGAUCAGACGUUCGGACUGCGAGAAAAAGAGGAAGCGUCUGUGACGACAGGUGUGCAGACAGAUCAGACGUUCGGACUGCGAGAAAAAGGAGAGGAAGCGUCUGUGACGACAGAAAAUAUGACACUGGAUUUGGACACUGCCGGCCCCUACCUUAUCCUGUCAGACAAUGGGAAAAGCGUGAAGCUGGGAGAGACGCGCCAGAAACGUGCCAAGUCUUGGGACCGAUUUAACGUGUACCCCUGUGUUUUAGGCAGUAAAGGGUUUAACUCUGGGAAGCACUGCUGGGAGGUGCAGGAGGUCGAAGGAGGGUGUUGGGCCGUGGGUGUGGCCAGAGAAUCCGUGAAGAGGAAGAGGAAGCUCAACUUCCGGCCCGAAGAGGGAAUCUGGGCUUUAGAGCACUUAGGAUUCUCUCAUUACCGAGCUCUGACCUCCCCUCCAACUCCUCUGCCCCUGAGCAGGAUGCACCAAAAGGUCCAGGUAUGUCUAGACUACGAAGCAGGCCAGGUAUCCUUUUUUGAUGCCGAGAAGGAUACUUGGAUCUUUACAUUCCCAUCCAUUUCUUUUGGAGGAGAGAUAAUCUAUCCCUGGCUGUGGGUAGGGCGGAGGUCACAGCUCAGACUAUGUCCCUGA